AUGGCAAGAAUUCAACCCAUUACCACUCUAUCAAAAGGAGAUAAAACAAUAGAUGAAGAUUCGUCUGAAAGUUCAAUGAAUGAAUUAGAUUCGAAUAGAAAAUUAGUGUCCAUUAAAUUUUGCAUUCUCUCCAUUAUUAUAAUAGCAGUAACAUGCAGUGUAUUUAUUCAAAGUAUUAUUUGGAUACUUUCGUUUAGUAUUUCAUUACAAGAAAUGUCAGAUUCAAUAGUUUCCUUAAAACAGGAUAAAUUAAUUUCAUACGUUGAUCAAACUUUUAAUCAAUUCGUGAUUGCCUCUCAAACUGCCAAAUAUCAAAUCAUGAAUUCAUUCACCAAUGUUUCAGAUAUCAACACUGCAGAUUCCUCAAUAGCUUCGUUUACUUUAUCCGAAACUACUUUUCACAAAUCCAUAAUGAAAGAAUUGACAGUUUACAAUUAUGAAAGCAAUGCCAUUGGAUAUGUCAUUAAUGAACCACUCAUCAAAGUUUUCAUCUCACCAAUUAGUGGAAUUACAGUUAAAUUAUGUGUCAUAUUCCCAGCAUGUCCAAUUUAUUUAGCAACUUUACCACCAACUUCUGAUUCAGCUAUUGCUAAUAUGAUUUAUAAGAAACCUGGUCAACCAUUCUUUACUCAUUUAUAUGAAUUAAAUGGUUUACCAAUGAGAUUUGUUGGUUUAGUCAACUCGAAGGAAAAUUCACAAAGAGCUAAAGGUUAUGAUUGGUAUUUGAAAAUGGCAAUUUCAGUUUCUGAUUUGACUUUCUUCUUGAAGAAUGUUACUCAGGGAGAGAAUAGUGGUUCAUUUGGAUUGAUUAUUGAAACUAGUUCACAAAUUGUAGUUGCAACGAGCUAUCCUGAUUCAUUCAAUAUUAGUACUACAGUUGAUCAAAUGGAUGAUAACAGUAGAAAUUUAUAUCAUUGGGUUAAUCAAAGUUAUCCAAAUUUUCAGUUACCUUGCAAUUCAUUCGGUGAUGUUUCGAAUACGUUCUACAAAAUUAGUGUUUACAGAUAUUGCACACAAACAGGGCUGGAUUGGAUAUUUGCAGUAACCAUUCCAAGAUGGACAUUUAUAGGAAAUAUGGUCAUUGCCAUCAUUGUUGGCAUUGUUUGUGGUAUAAUGAUAAUUUUGGGUGGAACAUUUUUGGGAAUUUAUUCCUCUUAUAGAAUUUCAAAACCAUUUUGGAAUUUAAUUGAAUUAUUUGAUAGUCUUUCAAGAAUGGAAUUGGAUUUGGUAAUUGUUCCAAGUAGAUUUACAGAAAUUUCUCAAUUACAACAAGGUUUUUCACAAAUGGUUACCAAAAUUAGACAAUAUAGAGCUUUUAUUCCAUCCCAUUUAUUGAGUCAACUAGAACACACAGGUGAUAAUACAGCAGUAGAACAAGAAGCUGUUUCAGAAUCCACUUAUAGAAAAUCAACAAAUUCUGCAGCCAAAUCCAAAUAUGGAAUGUUUUCAAGUGUUGAUUUGAAAAACUCAUUAAGAAAAUCAGUCUCAGAUUCCAAAUCAUCAAUGUUUAAAAUUGGAAUGGAAAGUAAGGAUAUUAGUGCUUGUUUAAUUUAUUUGGAUGGAAUUGAAGAUUGGUUUUCAAUUUUAGAUAACAAUGAAGUUAUUAGAUUGAUGAGUGAAUUAUUUGAAAUUUUACAACAAACAAGUUCAAAGUCUGGAGCAUAUUUGGGUAGUUUUGAAAAUCAAUCCAUUGUAAUAUCAUUGAAUAGUGUGUCAGAAGUCAAACAACAUUGUCAGAAAUCAUUAUUAUUCUCUUUUAAAUUAUAUGAUAGAUUACAACAAUUAUCAAAGAAAUGGAAGAAUGAUAGAAUAUUUGAACAAAAUUCAGAUUUAAUUCAAAAUUUCUCAUUUAGAAUUGCAGUUCAUAGCCAAACUUCCAAAUGUGGUAAUUACGGAACUAGAGAAUCAAAAGUUUUCACAAUCAUGUCAAGUUUAUCACAAAAUUUACAACGAAUGAUGAAACAUGCAAUGAAAUUUAACAUUUCAUUCAUAAUUUCAGAAAUUAUUCAUUCACAAUCUGAACAAUUCUCCUCUCGAUUUGUUGGAAGAAAACAAUUUUUAUUAGAAACUAGUUGUUCACUCAUUUCAAAGCAAAAAGGUCAGAAAAUUAAUCUAUUCGAAAUUGGUGAAUUACAAGAUACUUUAACAGAUGAAUGGAUGUAUGAAUUGAAAGAUAAGGAAAGAAAGAAUCGAUGGGUUGAUUACAAUAAGGCAUUUUCAUAUUAUUUACAAGAAACUCAAUUAGAAGUUGCCAAGAAUAUUAUGAAAGAUUUUAUGGAACAUAAUCCAAAUGAUUUACCUGCUAAAUAUCUUUACAAAAAGAUUAAAAAGAGAAAGAUUCAACAAGAAUUACCAUUCGGAGCCUUGGAAAAGAUUGAAAAUUGGAGAAGAGGUGAAUAUUGGAGUAGGGAAAAUGAAGAAUUAUUUCAACAAACAACAGAGAAAUUAAUGAGAGAGAAAUUAAAUCAAGUUGAUGAUCAAUUUGAGGAGGUUGAUAAAUGUGUGAGAAGAGCACUUUUAACAUCAAGAAAUGAUAUUUGUGCAUUGAUGAUUAGUGUCUAUUUUAAUCAUGCUUUUUAUGAUAUUAAUUAUGGAAAGUGUUUUGGAGUGAAAAAUGUUUCGGAUUUUUAUAUUUUCUUUCAAUUCUUUUAUAGAUUGAUUAAAUCUACACAUGUACAUCGUCUAUUGAGAUAUAUUAAAGACAAACCAGAAGAUGUAGAUACUACUAAUAUUAGAAACUCGUAUAUUUAUUCGAUAUUGUUUAAUAGUAAUAAUCCUCUUACUUCCUUUUUGGAUAUUGGAUUCGAUACUUGUAAAAAACCAACGGAAGAUGAAAAUUACAAAUUUUCCUCUUAUUCCUAUAAUGUAGAAUUGGUCAAUGAACGAUAUAGAACUGAACAAAUCAAUUUUGAUCCAUUUGUGAAAAUUAAUGAAAAUACUAAACAAGUAGGAUGUUAUGUUUAUAAUUAUAAUGCUGCAUAUCCUUAUUUGACCACCAAUUAUGGAACUGAUCUGUAUCUUCCAAAAGAUUACCCUAAAUUAUUGAAUGAAUUUGAAAAACUGUUUGUGAGUCAUUUAUUUAGAACAAGUAUUGUUCGUCCAUUCCUCACAAGAGUAUUCUAUUUAUAUAAUCAAGAAAAUAAUCCAUGGUAUCAAGGAAGAAACAUUCUCAAUACACCAUAUUCCAUAAGAUUAUAUUUUCAAAAACGAGUUCAAAAAUCAAUCGAUUUCAUUUACAAGAAAUUGAAAAACAAGCAUACUUCAUGUCAUGUAGAUUUAUCAAUCUAUCCAACAAGAGAAGAAAUGGAACAUCUCUUCAAUGAGAAUGUAACAAAAACAGCUACUCUAUUGGAAGAUCCAUACAUACAAUAUUCUGAAAUGUACUUUAACUUGAUGAAAAAGAUGUGGAAUAGAUAUAAAAGUGUGAAAUUUCAUAAGGAGAAACUAUUUAUCAGAGCUAUUGAUAAAUGUUUCAGAAGAUAUAUUAAUCUAUUCAUUCUAUCUCAACCAAGUUAUAUAUUCUUUACCGAAACAAGAAUUUCAAUUGAAAAAGUGGAAAAUAGAUCGUGUGAUAUUAUUUAUUUUGGAAUUGGAUUAUUAUUGAUACCGUAUAUUACUGAACUUGUGGAAUAUAAAAUUUCAAAUACUAUAGAAUCCAAUGAAGAAGAUUAUGAACAUAUUUGUAAAGUUAUUGAAAGAAUGAGUACUCAAUUAGGAUUUGCAAAUAUUCCUUUCAUUAGUAAACCAUGA